GACUUCCGCUCGCAGCUCGUAUAUUAUCCCGCGUCGUUUUCCGGGUGGUGGUUACAUUCAGGCGAGCGAGCGAGCUGUCGUUAUAAUCAACCUUGUAAACAAAAGUUGCUAAACGGGUUGACUUCAACGACACGUGAAGGAAAAAGACAUGCAUAUCAAAACCGGUACAUGGGAAGCAAGCAACACGGUGUGCGAGUCAGAAAGUCUGUGUGACCAAGCAGUCCUUGUCUCAGCAACCAAGUCCGAGCCACAAAUCCGUAACCGGCGCCUGUCUCCUGGUUCGGGCAACUGCGGAGGAGGGGGAGGAGGAGGCUGCAUCUCCGGUAGAGACCAGACUCCACGUCAGCGGCCACCUCAGGACGAGCUGAACGGCCCGAGCGCCCGCAGGGAGAAGGAGCGCAAACACCUGCCUCACAAGGGUCGCUCCAUCCGGAGGGAGGGUCAGAAGGGUCCUGUCCGAGUCAGCGAGCGGCCACAAAAGGCUCACCAGAAGGAGAAGUGGGUGGAGGACAGUCUGUCAUUGCUCAAGCCCCCGCCUGCUUUCCCUGUGCAGGACAGUCCUGCCAAGCUGCAGCCCGCUGUCAGCUACGCUUCCAAGGUGAAGGCAGGAGCAACGGGCGGAACGCUGGAGGAGGAGCGCCCCGCCAUUGGUGACUUGCUGCAGAACCAGUGGGGUUUAAGUUUUAUUAGUGAAGCUAAGCCAAUCACAGAAGUCCCCCUCCCUCACCCUGCAACCAGCCCUCUCCUGGGCACGGAUGAUAAACAUCCAGGAGACCUAGAGCAUGACGCAGCUCUCACAGAUCUGCUUCCUGCUCCGACUUCUGAGAUGGUCACGUGUGCAGAGGUGGGGGAGGCCAGUGGGGACCUCUUGCUGAGCUGUCGCCAUCUAGUGGAGGCUUUGAACUAUCACAAUAGAGAAUGGAAUAUUAUCUGCAACAGACAGAAGAGAGAUCCAAAAAGAGUCGUCUGGUACCAGGAGACUCCGGAGCGCCCGGCCUAGCAGUGCGGCCGCUGCGGAGCAUCGAACACACACCUUCACACACACAUUUAUACUCACGGAAGAUGGACACAUUUGAGUCCCACUCACAAGCUGCACUCAGGAUGAUGUCUUCACAUAAAGCCACACUGAGACACUUUGGACUAACUCCUUUGAGACCUUACAGCAAUGGACUUUUUUUAAAUGCCUUACAGAAAGCCUGCCUUAAAUAAUCACCUCAUUCCUAUUUUAGCUUCUUCCUGUAAAGCUGGUCUUUUCCCCUCCAUUGUCCCCCCCCCCCUUUUUUUUUUUUAACAAUCUCUCGAGGAGUCUAAUUUAAUAUUUUUGUUCCCUUUUUGAAAGCUGCGGUUUUAUUCAAUUUAGUCUUCUGCAAAGUGAGCGGUGAAUCAAGCACUUUGUUUCAAACUGACCAGUCCCUGUGCGUGAGAAGCCCUUGCUGAUUUCCAGUUCUAAACCAGAAGAAUGUCCUGUACCUACUUGAGUUUUAUUGUUCAUGAAUGCGGGGGGGUCGUCAGAACCAUGUCUUCAGUUUACAGCCGGGUCCGGUCAGAAGCCCGGUAGAGUUCAGCCGUUACCCCACAGAUCUUAACGCUGUGCUAAUUUUUAUCUGGUUCCUGUCGGGUGAAUGGUUGAAUCCAUAAGGGAUGUCGCCACAUUCAGUGUGCUAGGUUUUGAAAAAUUGUUUGAAUUAAUGUUAAAAUUACACUGGAGGAUGGACAUGAGAAAGUACUGCUUAAUAAAAAACAGAAUAAACUUAAA